AUGGAAAUCGAAUACAAGCCAUAUACAGAAGAAAGCCAACUCACUGAUAUCAUGAGAAUGAUUGACGCUGAGCUUUCAGAGCCAUAUAGUAUUUUCACCUAUCGAUAUUUUCUAUAUGCAUGGCCUCAUCUAUCAAUUCUUACUUACAAAGAAAACGAAUUAAUCGGAGUAAUCGUAUGUAAAGCAGAAGAACACAAAAAAGUGAUGAGAGGAUAUAUAGCUAUGCUUGCGGUAAAGCAAGAAUAUAGAAGGCAAGGCAUUGGAAAAGAAUUAGUAGCUAAAGCUAUUCAAAAAAUGAAAGAUGAUGGAGUGGAAGAAGUCACAUUGGAAGCAGAGAGCACAAAUUCUGCAGCGUUGAGGCUAUAUGAAGGCUUUGGGUUUGUCAGGGAUAAAAGGCUUCAGGCUUAUUAUUUGAAUGGAAAUGAUGCAUUUAGACUCAAGCUUUGGCUAAAAUAA